AUGUCUAAAUUUAUCUUGCAGACUGAGAGAGUGAGAAUGAUUCACUCAACUACCAGACUCUGAGACAAGAUUUUUGCUUUAAGCAUUGAAUGAUACUUUAGGCUAAAUAGUAGGCCUACUUCUGCAUGUCACAUGCAAUUUAACAUUAUGAUGGGAUCAUCAGAAAUAUUUACAGAGACUAUUAAGCAGCUGUCUGUAGACGACCAAAUCAAUGAAGGACUUGUGGAAGAUUCCUCAGAUCCUCUGUCACAUCCCUCAUCAGAAUCAUUCACAGAGACUCUUAGGCAGCUGUCUAUAGAAGACCAAUUCAAUGAAGGACUUGUGGAAGAUUCCUCAGAUCCUCUGUCACGUCCCUCAUCAGAAUCAUUCACAGAGCACCUUAGACAGUUGUCUAUAGAAUCAGAAGACCAAAUCGAUGAAGAACUUGUUGACACUCUGUCACCUAUUUCUAUUUCUGAAGCGCCCCUAUGUUUAUUAGUCUUACCUACAGAAAUCCUACUACUUAUUGUCGAGUUUUUAGAUGCAAAGUUUGUGAUUGGAACGUUAAGUUUAGUUUGUAAGCGGUUUUAUAAACUUGUUUCUCAGGAUGCUGUAUGGAAGAUGCGUAUUAGAAAGACAUUUUCACGGCAAUAUCCAUUUAUCCCAGUCGAUGACAGGGACUUUGAUUGGGGCCAGGCAUGUUAUGAAAUUGAGCGUGAUUUAUUACUAUGGAGGAACUAUAAAGACAACAUGGAGUUCUACUCCCUCAACUGCAGCCAUAUUGCAUCAGUAGAUGCUGUUUGCUUGUUGCAGAAUGGUGACAUAUGUAUAUCUGGAUCCCGUGAUCGUACCAUGCAAGUUUGGGAUCUCCGGAAGUUAAACAAGACUUUAAAGGCGGAUAGUGCAUGCGUAAAAUCAAUCCAAGCACACAAGGGCUGGGUGUGGUCAUUGACCUCUCUAGGCAACAUACUCUGCUCUGCAUCAUGGGAUUGCUGGAUGAACUUUUGGGAUAUUGAAGCAGACUUCCAAAAAAUUGGUAGUGCAAAGGGGAACUCUGCAUUUCUCUGUUCUAUUUUGCAAGACGAUGUGGUUAUUGCUGGAUCGUAUGACAAGCAAAUCUACAUAUAUGAUAGAAAAGAUGGAUAUGCCCUAAUUUCCAAACUUCGUUAUCACAAGAAACCAGUGCUAUGCCUAUCAGCUGAUGAGCACUACAUUAUAAGUGGUAGUGAGGACAAUACCAUCGCUGUCUAUGAUAGAAGAGCAAACCGUCUGCUCAAGAAAGUCGUG